UAAGGGUUAGACGAUCUUUUCUUUCUUUCUUUCUUUCUUUCUUUCUUUCUUUCUUUCUUUCUUUUCUUUCUUUUCUUUCUUUUCUCCCUUUCCAAUCCCCUAUUUUUUCACCUCUAGUCUCCUAAUUGGCCUUCCCCACUUUUCUGUGCAGCCCUUCAGCUGCAAAGGCAAAGCACAAGUCCCUUGUCCAAUUUCACUUGCAAACCCCACCCAUCCAACUGCUCUCUUAUAAGCAACUCUGGUGCUUCUGGGGGUUAAUUGCCCUGGUUUUCUGUCCAGGAGAAUUCAAACUUCUCCCAAACUCCCUUUCCCACACCCCACAACCAAUCUCCUACUACUGGAGGAAACAAUCUUUUCUUGCUCACACAUGCAGCCCUCAAUUCUUCAUUGAGUUAGUUUGCCCUCAGCACAGCUCAAUCCAUUCUAAGUUUGAUUUCAAAUCUUCCCCACCCUCAUCCUUUUAUAGAAAAGUGAUUUCCCACUGCCUAGGAAUUUGAGAAGAACCUUCAACCUCUCCUGGGGAACUUUCUUAGAAUCAGACCUAACGACUAAUCCUGGACACUUCCUCUAUCCCCCUGCCCCUACCUGUGCCCCCAGGUCAAAGGCAGAAAGGAGACACACAGCAGAGUCUGAGUUGGGGUGGGGGGAGGUAGGCAAGAGAAACGUUGCUGUGGUUGUUGGGCUUUCCAGGUAGAGCUCUGAAUCAAUGACUCAAGUUCUCAGUCCUGGGGCAAUUUGUUUGCUACUUGGAUGUGGUGUAAGAGGAUCCAGAAUCUGUGUAGCACAGACACACUGUGGAGUCCCCCCAAACCUAUCCUACGCCCUUCUGCAAAGACUUCAGCUGCCCCUCCCGGGCUCUCUGCCUUCACUGGGCACAUGCUGAUGCCCUUGAGUGGGCUGAUCUGGUGGUGCUGCUUCUCUCACUGUGGCUGGUCCUGCUGUGGAUUGUGCACCCCGGCUCCCCAGAUGUUGCGUCACCAGGGUCUCCUCAAGUGCCGCUGCCGCAUGCUUUUCAAUGACCUGAAGGUUUUCCUACUGCGGCGCCCCCCUCCAGGCCCCCUGCCCAUGCACGGCAACCCCCAGCCUCCCGGCUUGGCGGCCAACAACAACACGCUUCCGGCUCUGGGUACCGGAGGGUGGGCAGGCUGGAGGGGCCCCCGAGAGGGGGUUGGCAGGGAGACCCCUCCUCUGCCACCUCCACCACCUUUGCCACCUUCUUCUGUGGAAGAUGACUGGGGUGGCCCAGCCACAGAGCCACCUGCUUCCCUGCUCAGCAGUGCCUCCUCAGAUGACUUCUGUAAAGGGAAGGCAGAGGAUUGCUACUCGUUGGGCAGCAGCCUGGACAGUGGCAUGAGGACCCCACUGUGCCGCAUUUGCUUCCAGGGGCCUGAACAGGGGGAGCUGCUGAGCCCUUGCCGCUGUGACGGGUCAGUCAAGUGUACGCACCAGCCCUGCCUCAUCAAGUGGAUCAGCGAGCGGGGCUGCUGGAGCUGUGAGCUGUGCUACUACAAGUACCACGUCAUCGCCAUAAGCACAAAGAAUCCUCUGCAGUGGCAGGCCAUCUCUCUGACGGUCAUUGAGAAGGUUCAGAUUGCAGCCGCCAUCUUGGGUUCCCUCUUCCUUAUCGCCAGCAUCUCUUGGCUCAUCUGGUCGACCUUCAGUCCCUCGGCAAAAUGGCAGCGCCAAGACCUCCUCUUCCAGAUCUGCUACGGGAUGUACGGCUUCAUGGACGUGGUGUGCAUAGGCCUCAUCAUCCACGAGGGACCCUCAGUGUAUCGCAUCUUUAAGCGGUGGCAGGCUGUCAACCAGCAGUGGAAAGUGCUGAACUAUGACAAGACAAAAGACCUGGAGGAUCAAAAGUCAGGAGGCAGGACAAACCCCCGGACCUCCUCAUCCACCCAGGCUAAUGCCCCCUCCUCCGAUGGGGAGGCUAUGGGCACCCCGGACGCUGAGGAAGGCCCCGCCCGGGCUGCCAGCCACCCCUCAGGCCCUCUGUCCGAUCACCACUGUGCUUACACCAUCCUGCACAUCUUGAGUCACUUAAGACCUCAUGAACAGCGGAGUCCCCAGGGUGGCAGCCGGGAGCUCGUCAUGAGAGUCACGACCGUGUGAAAGGAGGGACAGGAAAGAAGGAAGGAAGGAAAGCCUUUAUCACGCACAAGAGUGGAGACUGGGCUGGGGAGGACCGGGCCGCUGGGCAGCCUGGC